AUGACUCUUAAUUGGGAUUUCAUGGCGAUUUCUAGUUCCUCAAAGCAUGCUGUAGUUAUCUUUGUCGCUGUAAUACUGUUGAGCAAUAGAGCAAACUGUGAUGAUUCUCUACAUGCCAACAAGGGGAACACCUGCCUAGAGAGUGAAAGGAGAGCUUUGAUUGCCAUCAAGAGCGAUAUGUAUGAUCCUGGCGAGUGGUUAUCUUCAUGGACAGGCUAUGAUUGCUGCAAGUGGAGAGGAGUUGCUUGCGACAAUGGUACUGGUUAUGUCACUAGGCUUGACCUUCACUAUUCCGAUGAAUAUAAUCCAAGGGGGGAGAGUAUCGGUGCGAUUCUCCCAAAUGUUCCACCUUCUUUACCCACAUUUAACCUCACAUCCCUCACCAUGCUCGACCUCCAACAGUAUGAAUGGAACAUCAGCGCUUCCAUGUUGAGGUGGUUGUCUCAUGCCAGUAAUCUUGAACACCUCGAUCUAUCUAGAUGCUGGAGGGUGUCUGAUGCCGAGGCACUUUCAAUUGCUUUGGGAUCUCUGCAUAAUUUGAGGAAGCUAUUUUUGGUCGAUACUCAAAUAGCAGGAGAACUUUCUACAAUUCUGAAGAAUGUUAGCAGAAUGUUGCAAUAUUUAGAUUUGCGACGGAAUUUCUUAUUAUCUGGAGAAAUUUCAACAAUUUUGUCGAUCCUUCCGCACCGACUGGAGUUCUUAGCUUUAGACAGUAAUAAAAUCUAUGGGAGAAUCCCAGAGAUGUUAGGGAAUUACACAAGCUUGAGACACUUGAGUAUGUUCCACACUCAAGUAACUGGAGGUAUUCCGAGAACAAUAGGGAAACUUAUCCAUUUGGAGUAUCUUGAUUUGUCUGGAAAUGAUAUAACAGGAGAGAUGCCAUUGAACGUAGGAAACCUUACAAACUUGGAAGAGCUAAAUUUGAUCGAAACCAGCAUCACAGGAUUGAUACCAGAGAGUCUUGGUAAUGUUAUUUCCUUGAAAUAUUUGAAUUUGUUUGGAAAUAAGAUUACUGGAGAAAUACCAAAAACUUUGGGGAGUCUUCAAAAUAUGCUAAUAUUAGAUUUAAAUGGCAACUUUCUCAUCGGGCAAAUACCAAUAACAAUUGGCAAAAUUUCCAACCUGCAUUAUUUGGAUGUAUCAGAGAACAACUUAACUGGAGAAAUACCAAAGACAUUUGGGCGGCUAUGCAACCUAAGAGUGCUAUGUUUGUCAUCAAACAAUAUUAAUGGAGAGUUAACAGAUGUACUUGAUGGCUUAUCCAAUUGCCCGCAAGGAGCGAUGCUAUCACACUUAUUCAUUGCUGACAAUGAUUUGAGUGGAAUUAUUCCUUCCAACCUUGGACUGUUAGCUCAAUUAGAGGGACUGGACCUCUCCUCAAAUUCUCUACUAGGUAACAUGACUGAAGCUCAUUUUUCUCGGCUUACAAGAUUGGAGUACUUGAAUAUAUCUUUUAACUCCUUGAAUGUCAUUUUUCCAAAUGAUUGGCAUCCCCCUUUUCAUGUUGAUGAAAUUGAUAUGAGUUCCUGUCAUUUGGGAGGACAUUUCAGGGCUAUCUUUCAAGAUUAUACCAUUUCUAACCCAUGCCAUGAUAAUAAUCUUCAAUGUGCAACGACAAAUAUGGGCUCUUAUAUACCAAAGGAUAAGAUCCUAAUAACGGCCAAAGGAUCAACCAAUGAAUACAUUAGAAUUCUCUCCCUCGUGACUAGCAUAGAUCUAUCUCACAAUAAUCUUUCUGGUGAAAUCCCAAAUGAGAUGAUGAUGCUCCGUGGUCUACACUUCCUGAGCUUGUCCAACAACCACUUGACUGGUAUAAUUCCUGAAAACAUUGCCGUCUUGACAGAGUUAUUUUCUCUUGACUUGUCAAUGAACAAUCUCACCGGCACAAUUCCCUCCAACUUAUCUGCUCUAAACUUUCUCAGCCACUUGAAUCUCUCUUUCAACAACUUGUCGGGACAAAUCCCAACAGGGAAUCAAUUUUUAACCUUCAAUGACCCUUCAAUAUACGCCGGCAACAAAGACCUUUGUGGUUGGCCACUACCCAAGUGUCCUAGUAAUAGAGCCCAGCAAGGUCGACUUCAUGCAAGAGAUAAUGAUGAUGCUGGUAAUGGCGGCAAGCUUGAAAAAGUUUUGGAUUAUGCCUUCAUUGCUAUGGGGUUUAUAAUCGGAUUUUGGGCAUAUUGGGGCACAAUGAUCAUGAAAAUGUCCAUCAGAAUUGCUCUCUUCCAGAUGGUGGACAGGAUUUACGACUGGAGCUACGUGCAACUCGCACUGAAGUUUGGAAGGUGA